UAGUUAGUGACCAACUUCACGUUUAUUUACAUGUUAUCUUAAUUUGAAAUUUAAAGUGUCACAUUUUAUUUUUACAUCAAUUAUUUAAUGUUUCUGAUUUUUUUUCAAAAAUAUUAUAAAUGGAAGAUUUGCCGUGUCCUUAUUUGAUAAACUGUUUGGGGAACGAAAUUCCAACGAAAAAAGCAUUACAGAAUAAAGAUGUGGUCGCGUUUUACUUUUCCGCAUCGUUUUGUGUAGAAUGCGAUUCGUCUCUUACAAAAUUACGUCUUUUACAAGAAGCUAUUAAACGUCAUCGGAGAUGUGGAAUAAUAAUCAUUUAUAUUUCUUUUGACACCGAUGAAGCGGAAAUGCUGAAACACUUUAAAACUCAUCAUCACGGUUGGUUUGUUGUACCGUUAAAAGAACCAACAAUAAAGUUGCUUCAGUUAAAGUAUACAAUUUCUUUUAUUCCUCAAAUUGUUGUUGUAAAAGUUGAUGGAACUAUUGUUACUCGAGAUGGAAUGAAAGACUUGGAAGAACAUGGUAAUAAUGUUAUAAUAAGAUGGUCGGAACCGGAUAUAACAUGCUUGAGAUAUACUCCAAUAAAUUGGUUAAUAGUAGAAGAUACACCAAAUGUAAUAGAAGAGGAUGAUACUAGUUCAACACUUAAUGAUAUUCAAGAAUUUGGAGAAAGCAAUGAAUUUGUUACUUAUGGGGAAACUGAUACCGAUAUUAAAAAUACUACUGCUGAUGAAAAAACGGUAACAAUGGACUCAAUCAAUGCUUAAUAUAAAUAACUGUAUAUUUAAUAAAUCUAAUAAAUGUAUAUGACUUUAGGCGUAUCAGACCCAA